AUGGCCUCUCAAUACAUGCCUGUCAGGACAAACGACCUUCCUCAAGACGAGACUUUCGACCCGAUCCAUAUUCCCGAAAAGUCGAAAGCUCACGAGCAACAUCACAACCCAUAUUCAGACGACGAGCGAGGCUACGACCACUAUGGAGAACCGAGCUAUACAAAGUCCGCGGAUGAUUCAUCGCUAGUAGAGAAUGCAGCCAAGGUCGGGCGCAGCAACUACCAGGAUAUGGACUAUGCGGAGCCUCCACAACCGCCACCACCGGCAGAGAAGGCGUCUCCGUUUGCCCGAUUCCUUGGUGGGGGCCAGAGCAGUCUCCAACAACGAAUUGACAUGAAGAGGCGUGGUGUGGGGCGGCAACGAUAUCCCUAUCUCGUAUGGCUGUUAACAGCGGCUAUGUGCGCCGUCUUUAUCUACGAGCUGAUCGCCAACAAAAAUGCACAAGGCAGCGUUCUCUCCUUCAAGCCUGUGGUCAACUACAUGCUAGGCCCGUCUAGCACAACGUUGAUCAAUAUUGGCGCACGAUUCCCUCCGUGUAUGAAACGCAUUGACGACGUUCCCCCCACAAUGCCAAUCGCCUGUUUGAAUAACACGGCCAAUCCAGCAACCGAAAUAUGCACCAUCGAGGACAUUUGCGGUUUCGGUGGGUUCCACGGCAAAGACCCCGACCAGUGGUUCCGCUUCAUUACGCCCAUUUUCCUCCACGCUGGCAUCAUCCAUCUCCUUCUAAAUAUGCUGGCUCAGUUAAGCGUUUCGGCCCAAGUCGAGCGUGAAAUGGGCUCCGCCGGGUUCUUCAUCGUCUAUUUUGCGGCAGGCAUCUUUGGAAAUGUCCUCGGUGCCAAUUUCGCCCUCGUUGGUCGGCCCUCUCUUGGCGCUAGUGGAGCUAUCUUCGGCACAGUCGCGGUUGCAUGGGUAGAUCUCUUUGCACAUUGGAAAUACCACUUCAGGCCGGGAAGGAAGCUCGCGUUCAUGACUGUGGAACUAAUUAUUGGUGUGGCCGUUGGCUUUAUUCCAUUCGUCGACAACUUCGCUCACUUGGGUGGCUUCGUUAUGGCCCUCUUUGUUGGCACGAUCUUUUAUCCCGUUAUCAGCGUUUCCAGAAGGCAUAAGAUCAUUAUGACCACCUUCAGAGUGCUCGCUAUUCCCGUCGCCAUAAUUCUCUUCGUCGUGUUAACGAGAAACUUUUACACGUCCGAUCCCUAUGCUGCCUGUGAAGGGUGUCGAUAUUUGUCAUGCUUCCCGACUGCCUCGAACAACCGCUGCAGAGGAACAGGAUUGACUAUGACGUCCUCCUCUCCGUGA